AUGGGUCCCACCUUAGCACCCACCUACCGUAUGUUACAUUUUCCAGAAACUCUCUCAUCCUUUUCUCUCGAAAGAACCACCACCACCACCACCAGGGAAGCAACAUUGGACCUCCUCCGGAAUGCCACUGACGAUGUGAAACGACCGUUCGACUAUCGUCAACAUCUGAAAACUCUAUUUUUUUCUCUUGCAUCGUUUCCUACACUCAUGAAAUGGGAGAUGGAGAUGGAAGAGGUGGAAGCCGUUCUCGAGAAGAUUUGGGACUUGCACGAUAAGCUUAGCGAUGCUAUUCACUCCAUUUCAAGAUCUCAUUUUCUUCAUUCCGUCAAAGCCUUACGCAGUUCCAACGAUCUAUUCGACCGUGCCGCAGAUAACAACAAGAAAGCCUCCGAUGAUGAAGUGAAAGGAGGUUUCGUUUACGUUAAAGACUUCCCGAUCGAGGAAGAUGAUCACUCGGCUAUUCAUGAGGCCAAGAGUUUGAAUUCUAUUCGUACCGCCCUCGAGAACCUCGAGGACCAGCUUGAGUUCUUUCAUACUGUGCAGACACAACAGCGGGCAGAGAGGGAUGCUGCAAUUGCUCGGUUAGAAGAAAGCCGGAUUGUGCUUGCAUUAAGAUUAGCGGAUCAUCAUGGUAAAAACUACAAAGUCAUUGAAGAAGCAAGGGCUUUUGUUGGACAAGUACAAAACCACAGUUGUUCCUAUAACAACAUAGAAAAGAAGUCAAACAUUCUGGUCAAUGUCGUGAUUUCUAGUUUUAAUUUUGCAAAAAAGUCCCUGAAAGUUGAUCAUGUUGGCGGUUUGUUUGGGAACGCGGCUUUAUUUGCGGUUAGCAUGCUGGCAUUGUUGCAUCUUCAUCAGGUAGCGGAUAGGGAUAGGGACAUCUCAGAUCUCCAUCAAGUUAAAGUUAAUACAAAUGUUACAAAAGUUUAUAUACCCGAAGGGGGUUCUUCAAAUGGUCUGGACGUUUUAUCUGCCAGAGGCUGCAUUUUGUUUGGUGUGCAUAACAAGGAUUGAGCAUUUGAACUACGAUGGAUGGGAACUUUACUCCUUUUUUUUCCCCUUUUCACACAUGGACGUUAACGGGGAGGCAUAUGCCAGUGAAAUUUGAGAGAGCAAUGGAAAUUUUAGUAGAUGUUGCAAAACGGAUGUGAGUAAACAUUUGAAUAUGAUGGGUUUGAUUUGAUAUUGUCAACACCGAUUUGAAUAUGUUAAUAAAUUGAUUUAAUA